UACCUUCCGCACGCGUGCGUCCCCUCUCCGUAGCUGCCGUGCCGGGGGUUCUUUCUAGGGUUCGUGGAAUCGCGCUACCGACGUUAUCGGUAAAUUACGGCAGCCUAAAUCAAUAAAUUAGCUGGAAGUUAUAUCUAGUCACUGACCAUGAAAACCUCCAGCGAGGUUCCCUUUUAUCACUCGUUGCCCGUACCAGGAGCUCAAGACAGCCUCAAGGAUCAGAUCCACUCCAAGGUUAUGGGCACGAUAGGCAAUGUCAUGAACUCCAUUGAUCGAAAGGCACUGCCUCAGCAACUGGAAGGGGCAUGGGAAACAGCUGGAAAUGUCGUUAACUCCAUUGAGUCAAAACUGUCCGGGCAGAAGUCGUUUGAUUUUGACGGCGGAAAUGAUUUUCUUGAUGGAUAUGAAUGUCCUGAUGAUUAUUGGGACUAUGAACAGCACAAGGCACAAAAGCCAGUUAACAUUAGAAACCUGCUGGGUGGCAUAGUUGCUAUCAUUGGCCGCACUUGCAAAAAUGACGGCAUUCAACAAUCAAAGGACUCUAGUGUCUCAUUCUUGGGGUCAGGUAGUGAUGGAGAUACAUCCUUGCAUUCGUCUGUCUAUGCGCCAAGUGCUCCUCCUUUGCUGGAUGAAGAAGCCCUGAGUUACAAUAUUUAUAGGGUUGUUUUGGAGGCAGAACCACCAGAAUGGCUGCCCGAUAGCUAUGCUGACUCGUGCAUGCAGUGUUCUGCUUCUUUCACUGCCAUUACUCGUGGAAGGCAUCAUUGUCGAUUCUGUGGAGGGAUAUUUUGCAAGGCAUGUUCAAAAGGCAGAUGUCUUUUGCCAGCCAAGUUUCGUGAGCGAAACCCACAAAGGGUCUGCGAUGCAUGCUAUGAUAGGCUUGAUCCAUUGCAGAACUUACUGAUAAAUUCUGUCAGCAACGCGACACAAACUGCAAAGCAUGAUGUUAUGGAUUGGACUUCUGCGAGAGGGUGGUUGAAUUUGCCUAUUGGAUUAACAUUGGAACACGAGAUAUACAAGGCAGCAGUAUCCCUUAGGAGCUACAGUCAGGUUUCAAGGAUAAACCCGGGAAAAUCUAUUCCGCAUGCAGUCCUUAGUGGAGCAAGUGGACUUGCUAUCUUGACAGUUGUAAAAGCUGGUGCAUUUCUUACAUACAAACUUGGAACUGGCUUAGUAGUUGCUCGUAAAUCAGAUGGGUCAUGGUCUCCACCCUCUGCUAUAGCUUCAGCUGGAUUAGGAUGGGGAGCACAGCUUGGCGGUGAGUUGAUGGAUUUCAUCAUAGUGCUUCAUGGUCCUGAAGCUGUGAAGACCUUCAGUAGCCGGAUGCAUUUUUCACUCGGUGCAGGCUUAAGUGCUGCAGCAGGACCUGUUGGUAGAGUAUUAGAAGCUGAUGUGAGAGCUGGUAAUAAAGGCUCUGGAGUUUGCUAUACAUAUAGUCACAGCAAAGGCGCAUUUAUCGGGGUUUCACUAGAAGGGAACAUUGUUACCACCAGAAUGGAUGCCAAUCUGCGGUUCUACGGCGACCCGUAUCUGACGACCAGUGAUAUACUUAUGGGGAAUCUGGAGCAACCAAAUGCUGCUAAAUUUCUGUACCAAGCGUUGGAUGACCUAUACUCAGGUCUGGAUUGUUAGCAUGACAAAAAUAAAUAAAUCACAAUCUGUACAUAUUUGAUUUUAUUCCAACUGUAGCUAGUUGUGUUGAUUCUCAAAAUGGUUCUGUCAUUUUUGGCGAGCCGAGCUACAAAACCUGUUGCCUAGGAUGGAAGUCUGUAAAGUUAAUGCCUUCCUACGGAUUUGAUCAGUAAAUUGAAAUACACUAUAAAUGAUACUCCUACAUAUUUUAAUA